AUGUCAUCGGGCGACAAGGAUGUACCGGAUGUCGCUACCGAUUUUCCACCAGCUGCCGAUACUCCAGACACCAAACCUGCUACCGAAUCCCAAUUCCAUGUGGAUGUCUUCUACGAACUCGAGUGUCUUGAUGGAACACGAAUCAGAAUAUGCCGAUCGGGUGCAAAACACUCAAAAACCCUCGAUUCCUUGAUUGAAAUCCUUGGUCAAUCUCCAGAGAAUCCAAUUCCAAUUGAUAAUAUCGACUCGGCAACAUUAAAAUUCAUUGUCCAUUGGUGUACGGUACACUGUAAAGAUGAUUUAGUCGAAGAAGAGCCACACGAAGUUACUAUUCCGGAUUGGGACAAAACGUAUCUGGAUCAACUCAACAAUAAACAAUUAUUCAAAUUAAUCAAAGCUGUUUGUUAUUUGGACAUCCCAGUGCUUCUAAGUUAUGCGUGCAAACAUGUAGCUCUACAGGCCAGAGGAUUGAAUCCAGAAGAAAUGAGAAAGCUUUUUGCUAUUCCAACGGAUGAAGAGGAUGAGAGAGCAAUGAAGGAAAAGGUUGUUGCUGCCGAAAAGGAAAAAUCGGAUGCAGCCGAAAAAGAGACAUUAACUUCGUCUGCCGAUGACAAAACCAGCCACUAA